AUGUUUCCACAAUCAGGGAAAUCGAUUGUCUUUGACAACUUUCCAGAUCCAAGCGACACCUGGGAAAUCAUUGAGACAAUUGGCAAAGGGACCUAUGGAAAAGUCUACAAAGUGCUUAACAAAAUUGAUGGAAGUAAAGCAGCAGUAAAGAUAUUGGAUCCUAUCCAUGACAUCGAUGAGGAGAUUGAAGCAGAGUACAACAUCCUUAAAGCUCUGUCUGACCACUCCAAUGUUGUCAAAUUCUACGGGAUGUACUACAAGAAGGAUGUGAAAUGUGGGGAUCAGUUGUGGCUAGUACUGGAGCUUUGCAAUGGUGGCUCGGUGACUGAUCUGGCCAAAGGCAUGCUGAAAAGGGGUGACAGAAUGGAUGAAGCCAUUAUUGCCUACAUCCUGCAUGAAGCCCUCACGGGCCUCCAACACCUGCACAUCAACAAGACCAUUCACCGUGAUGUCAAAGGCAAUAACAUCCUAGUGACAACAUACGGAGGGGUCAAACUCGUGGAUUUUGGUGUUUCAGCCCAGCUGACAAAUACCCGUCUGAGGAGGAACACCUCUGUGGGGACUCCGUUCUGGAUGGCUCCAGAGGUAAUAGCAUGUGAGCAGCAGCUGGACUCGACCUAUGAUGCCCGUUGUGAUGUUUGGUCCCUGGGCAUCACGGCCAUAGAGCUGGGUGAUGGAGAUCCACCUCUGUCUGAUCUCCACCCGAUGAGAGCCCUUUUCAAAAUACCCAGAAAUCCUCCGCCUACUCUCCACCAGCCGGAGCUGUGGUCAGACAACUUUAAUGACUUCAUCUGCAAAUGUCUGAUUAAGGAUUUUGAGCUGAGACCAAAUGUGUUAGACCUCCUCCAGCAUGUGUUCAUCAAACAGAUUGUUGGUCGAGAGAAAAUACUGCAGAAACAAUUGAUUGAACUCAUUGAUCUCAACCAACAAAUGGGAGCCAUUGAAAAAACAAGCUAUCAUGGAAAGGCAGACAGUAAUGACAGGCAUGAACGUAUCCACACUAAAAAAGGAAGCCAUAUGAAGACACAGAGUGACCCAGACGAGGUUGACGACCUCGCCAUCCUAGAAGUUCUAGACGAGAACACAGUGACAGAACAGCUACAGAGUCGUUACGCAAGGGAUCAAAUCUACACGUAUGUGGGAGACAUCCUCAUUGCAGUCAAUCCUUUUCAUAAGAUGGAGAUAUACACUCCUCAGUACACUAAAAUGUACAUCGGAGCUAAGCGUACAGCUAAUCCACCGCACAUCUUUGCUGUGGCUGAUGUCGCCUAUCAGUCCAUGGUGUCCUACAAUACAGAUCAGUGCAUUGUGAUCAGCGGGGAGAGUGGAGCAGGGAAAACAGAGGGUGCUCAUCUGCUGGUGCAGCAGCUGACAGUUCUCGGAAAGGCCAAUAAUCGGACGCUCCAGGAGAAGAUCCUGCUGGUCAACAACCUGGUGGAGGCAUUUGGAAACGCCUGCACUGUCAUCAAUGACAACUCCAGCCGCUUUGGCAAGUACCUAGAAAUGAAGUUCACCUGUGGAGGAACAGUGGUCGGAGCGCAAAUAUCCGAGUACCUGCUGGAAAAAUCCAGAGUCAUCCACCAGGCAGUAGGGGAGAGAAACUUUCACAUCUUCUACUACAUUUAUGCUGGUCUGGCUGACAGGAAGAAACUCGCCCACUACAAGCUCUCUGACAGCAAAACACCUAAGUAUUUGUGUAAUAAUGAGCACAUUAAAUUAGGACCUGACAUAGUGAACAACACCUUCUACAAGGAGCAGUUUGAUGCAGUGGAGCAGUGUUUCAAAGUCAUUGGAUUCACCCUGGAGGAGCUGGGCAGUGUUUACAGCACUUUGGCUGCCACCCUCAACUCUGGCGAUAUCGAGUUUUCUCCAGUUGCCUCUGAGCACCAAACAGACAAGAGCAACAUCUCCAACAUCUCUGUCCUAGAAAAUGUGGCCUCUCUGCUGCGCAUCCGCCCAGAUGAGCUCCAGGAAGCCCUGACUUCCCACUGUGUCGUGGCCCGGGGCGAGACAAUCGUCAGGCCCAACACAGUGGAAAAAGCAGCGGAGGUGAGGGACGCCAUGGGCAAGGCUCUCUACGGCCGCCUCUUCAGCUGGAUUGUCAACCGCAUCAACACGCUGCUGAGGCCCGACAGCCACCUAGGAGAGGAUGACAAGGGCUUGAACAUCGGCAUCCUGGACAUAUUCGGUUUUGAGAACUUCAAGAAGAACUCUUUCGAGCAGCUCUGCAUCAACAUUGCCAACGAACAGAUCCAAUUUUACUUCAACCAACACAUAUUUGCUUGGGAACAGGAUGAGUACCUCAAUGAGGAGGUGGAUGCUCGGAUGAUUGAGUACGAGGACAAUCGGCCCCUCCUGGAUCUGUUCCUGCAGAAGCCCAUGGGAAUGCUGUCUCUUCUAGAUGAGGAGAGUCGGUUUCCACAGGCCACUGAUCAGACCCUCGUAGAGAAAUUUGAAGUUAACUUGAAGACCAAAAGCUUCUGGAGACCAAAGAGGGUUGACCUUGGCUUUGGUAUUCACCACUAUGCCGGGAAGGUGAUUUACAAUGCCGCAGGCUUCUUGGCCAAGAACAGAGACAUGCUUCCAGCCGACAUCAUCCUGCUGCUGAGGUCAUCAGAGAACGAGCUUAUUCGUAAACUUGUUACUCAUCCACUCACCAAAACAGGCAACCUUGCCCACACCAAAGGUAAAGGCAUAAACACAAUGCGCAGCCCACGGACUCCGACACGCACCAUCACCUUCGCCAAGAUGGGAGUGCUAACAUUAUACAGUUCCUUUUCUUUCAGUGAGUCGGGUGAACCUGGAGACACACCUUACCACCCGAGAGAAACCACCAACAUGAGGACACAGACAGUGGCAUCCUACUUUAGAUACUCUCUGAUGGACCUGUUGUCCAAGAUGGUGGCAGGACAGCCCCACUUUGUGCGUUGUAUCAAACCAAAUAACGAUCGCCAAGCUAGCAAGUUUGACAGGGAGAAGGUCCUGGUUCAGCUGCGAUACACCGGGGUUCUUGAGACCGCCAAGAUCAGACGACAGGGCUACUCACACCGCAUCCUGUUUGCCAACUUCAUAAAGAGGUACUACAUCCUGGCUUUCCAUGCUCAUGAGGAGCCAGCUGCAACUCCAGAAACAUGUGCUGCAAUACUGGAGAAGGCCAAGCUGGAGAACUGGGCGAUGGGGAAGACUAAGGUGUUUCUCAAGUACUACCAUGUCGAGCACCUGAAUUUGAUGGUGCAGCAGGCCACACAACGCAUCAUUCUGCUCCAGGCUUACGUCCGAGGCUGGCUGGGAGCCAAGCGGUACCGCCGGAUAUUGAAAGAGCGAGAACAGAGUGCUUUGGUGCUGCAGUCAGCUUACAGAGGUCAUAAAGCUCGGAAGAAGGUCGCUGAUGACAAAAGCAAAGCAAAGUUUGAGGCCUUCAUCACCCAGUUUCAGGCUGUUUGCAGGGGCUAUCUCGCAAAAAAGAAAUACAAGGAGUUGGUAGAAGAGAAGAACAAAGCCGCAACCAAGAUUCAGGCUCGCUACAGAGGACACAAGCAAAGGAAAAGCAUCAAAAGAAAACGGGAAGCCAAAGAGAAGGAAAAGGCUAAGAAAGCUUUGAAAGAAAAGGAAGAACAGACUCCUCCAGAAAAUCCCCCAGAUCCAAACGAGGAAGAUGAAACUAAGGCUGCUGUGGUUCUUCAGAGCAACUUCAGAGGCUACAAAGAGAGGAAAAAGUUUAAGGAGAGAAAAAAGACAAUGGCCGGGGCUGAGCUAGCGUUACCACCAAGCACAGUAGUGGAAGAAGAGGGUACAGGCAAAGGACAACAAGAGGAAAAGAGAGAUGAUAAAUUAGAGGAGUUUGACGAUGAUGAAGAAAGCACUUAUGAAGCAGAGGAUAAUGAUGACAGUGAUCAUACACAGGUGCCAGAAGAUGAUGACAAUAUAGAUGAGGCUGUGAUUGAGGAUGCACUGGCUGCAAUUGCUGAAAAAGAAGCACAGGCAGAGCACAAGGAGGACAAUGAACAGGAAGAGGCUGCGGUAAAUGAUGAAAUCGACAUAGAGGAGGAAACUAAAGCAGCCACUGUACUUCAGAGUAAUUUCAGAGGUCACAAAGAAAGAAAGAAGUUGCAGGAAGAAGGCAAGAUCCCAGCUAGGAAAAAAAAAGGAGUAUCAACAGAAACUCAAGAAGCAGCCGCAAGUGAUAUCACGUCAGAUGACCAAGACGAGGCCAAAGCAGCUGUGGUGCUUCAGAGUAACUUCCGAGGCCACAAAGAGCGCAAACGACUUGAAGAGGAAGGAAAGAUCCCUCCGAAAAAGAAGAAGGGAAAAAAGGAAAAACGGGAGACUCAGAAAGAAGAAUCUGUGCCAGACUCCCAGCAGGAUGAGAAUCCAGAGGGACUGGUUGAGGAGGAAAAAGCUGCUACUGUCCUUCAAAGUAACUUCAGAGGCCAUCAGGAGCGAAAGAAACUGAAAGCCAAGAAGGAAGCACAAAAGACGAAGGAAAAAGCAGAGGAAGAACCCGUUCCUACCAUUGAUGCAGAAGAAGAAACAAAUGAGGAGGAAGAGGAGGAGGAAGUGGUCGUGGAUGUUACUGAUAUUGCCAUUGAACAUAAAGUGGAGACAGAUGCUGAACAAGAAAGACUGGAAGAAGAACAUGCCGCAGUGAAGAUCCAGAGUAACUUCAGAGGCUACAAGGAGAGGAAGAACCUGAAGGCUAACAAGAAAGCAACACAGAUAGAAGCUGAGACACUGGAGAACUUCUCAAAAGAGAUCGCAAAGACUUCUCAGGACUUUGUAGCUCUGCAGCUGAAGUUGAAUGAGAUCAUCCAGGCCCAUCAAUCAAACCCUGACAGCAAUGGCAUGUUUGUGAGAGGAAAAGCAAUCAAUGGCUUUGCUUCCCAGAAUCACCAAUCAACUGACAAGAGACUGUCGAGGACCCCCCGCAGGACCCAGCAGCCCAAGACUCUCAACACACCCGAGGACGCCACCUAUUACAACCUGAUUCAUCGGUCCGUCCAGGAUGAUAAACGAAAGCCCAGGAAACAAGAUCCAGGAAAGCUGCUGGAUGUAGAUGACCAGUACUACCGGGCCCUGCCCACCAGCAGGUCGGUGCCCUCCAUGUCCACAGAGGAAGCGUCACCACCCAGCAGCGCGCCUGAGAGAAGGCAGUCUACGGAGCGGAGACGAUCCACGGACAGGAGACGCUCCAUGGACAGGAGACACUCCAUGGACAGGAGACAGCGUUUGGAACGGAGGCAGUCUGUAGAGCCCAGACCGGCUGCUACUCGCAAGCAGUCCAGAGAGAGGGCCCUAACUGAACCCGAGGCUCCCAGAGCUGCCAAAGACAACAGGCUUUCCAUUUCCAGAUUGUCCUCCACAGAGAGCCGAACCGACGACAACCCUUACGACUUCAGACAUCUACUGAGGAAGACCUCCCAGAGACGAAAGCUCAUCAAGCAUUACUGA